AACGCCUGACACAAUAUAAUGUUAGUCUUCCAAAAAUGACAUGAUCCAGGUCGUAUUUGCUCGUUUGCUGGGAUCAUAAAGAUUGAGGGUACUUCAGAUCGAAAGCUUUUUUGAAGCUAAAAAGAAAACAAAGAGUAUUUUUUUAUUCUUGUGAGAGGUUUCCUGAGGAUUUCAAAAGAGGAAAAUGCAGGCAACAGCUCCACCGUUGUAUCCUCCAGUAGGGACGCCAACAGGUCCAACAGCUCAAUGCCUUUCGAAAGUACAGCUUAACAUCUCUUGCAAAAACCUCAUGGAUAAAGAUCUUAUGUCUAAGUCUGAUCCACUGUGUGUUGUCAUGCUACUAAGGAAUAAUAGCUGGGAAGAGGUUGGUAGGACAGAAAGAAUUGAAAACAACUUGAAUCCCAAUUUCUCCAAGUCUAUUAUUGUAGACUACUUUUUUGAAGAACUCCAGAAAUUAAAGUUCUUAGUAUAUGAUAUUGACAGUGCAAGUGGAAGUCUGAAAAAUGCAGAUUUCUUGGGUGAAAUGCAGUGCACUCUUGGACAGGUAGUGUCAUCAGUUACAUAYACUCAGUCUUUGAAGGUUCCUGCAAGCCAGUCAUCCAGUACCAUUACAGUUACAGCUGAAGAGGUCUCAGGAAUGAAUUCUGAAGUUCAACUAAUGUUCAGAGCCAGUAAAUUAGACAAAAAGGAUUUCUUGGGUAAAUCGGACCCUUACUUAGAGUUUGCCAGAGCCAAAGAGGAUGGGAGUUUUUUGGUUGUUCAUAGAACAGAGGUUGUGCAAAACAAUUUAAAUCCAAGGUGGAGAGAGAUGAAAAUUUCAUCUCAACAGCUUUGCAAUGGUGAUUAUGAUAGGAUAAUUAAGGUAACCUGUUAUGACUGGGAUAGUGAUGGUUCACAUGACCUCAUUGGAUCAUUUACAACAAAUCUAAGAGAAAUGAGUAGUACAACAGGGGCAAGAGAGCUUGAGUGGCCUUGCAUCAAUGAAAAGAAACAGCGAAAAAAGAAAAGCUACAAAAACUCAGGAAUAGUGUACUUAACAUCCUGCAAGAUUAUUGAAAUACCAUCAUUCCUGGACUUCAUAAAAGGUGGAUGUCAGCUCAAUUUUACUGUUGGUAUUGACUUCACAGGGUCUAAUGGUAACCCUAAAGCACCCACAUCACUUCAUUACAUGAAUCCUUAUGCACCUAAUGAGUAUAUGCAGGCUUUAACAUCAGUAGGUGAAAUCAUACAAGAUUACGACAGUGACAAAUUGUUUCCUUGUUUUGGUUUUGGUGCYAAGAUUCCUCCAGAAAGAAUGGUGUCACAUCAGUUUGCAUUGAAUUUUAACCACGCCAAUCCAUACUGUCAAGGUCUUCAAGGAAUCAUUCAGGCUUACCAAACAUGCCUGCCACAGAUUGAGUUUUAUGGGCCRACUAAUAUCUCACCCAUUAUUAAUAAUGUUGCUAUGUUUGCAAGAACUGCAGCACAAUCACCUCAGGCAACGAACUAUUACGUCUUAUUAAUAUUAACUGAUGGUGUAAUAACUGAUAUGGACCAAGCGAAGGAAGCUAUUGUGGAGGCAUCAUCACUACCAAUGUCAAUCAUCAUUGUUGGGGUAGGCGGAGCAGAUUUCCAAAUGAUGGAAGAACUUGAUUGUGAUGAGGGCCUGUUGAAGUCUAAAGGACGUGUGGCACAAAGGGACAUUGUACAAUUUGUUCCUUACAGGAAAUUUAAAAAUCAUUCCUCUGMACAGCUCAGUUCAGCAGCCCUUGCAAAAGAAGUUCUUGCUGAGGUACCACAUCAGCUAACAGGAUACUACAAGAUGAGARGAAUUCAACCAGGCCAGCCAGCAUCUGCACCACCCCAGUAUUAGCCUAAUUUACUUAAAUAUAAUCUCAUAAUCAACAGCCUUACCUAUUAGUGCACAUAAUAAAUUAUGUAUUAACUCUAUUUAAGUGUCUACGCAAUGCUUACUGAUAGCAUUACCACUAAUAAUAAUUGCCUGUUGCUCUUGCCAACCUUUACUUAAAAGGACAAUAAUUACUGUAAUUAUAGUGAUUUGUGACUUUGGAUGGAGUCAAUAAUAAAUCCUUAACAAAUGGGAAAUCAAAAUAAAUGGCCAGACCUUAGAUAAUUCA